AUGGCCCUCGUGACAUCCCCCAUAAAGCAACUCGCCACAUUCACCAGCCAAACCGCCGGCCUGGAAAAGACCCUGCGGCUAAUCCAAGCGACCAGCCAGGUCGUCGGCGAGCUGAGCCAUGACAAGGGCGUUGCGAGGCAAUGGCUGACGGCUCGGGAUCAGUUGGCGCUUGGGAGACGAUACUUCCGCCUGCUGGAUUUCUACGGCUGCUUCGAGCGCGCGCACGCCUUGACGUCGUCGGGAUCGUCGUCGUCGCGGGGGAUGAUCCUGCGGACGAUGGAGAUGGCCGAGUAUACGUUUCUAGGACUGUAUCUUCUCCUGGAGAAUUUGACCAUCCUCCACGACAUGAACGUCCACCACGUCUCCUGGUACAGACCACUCCUGACAGAAGCGAACAAAUUCUGGUUCUACGCGCUCGUGCUCUCCAUCACGCGCGCGACAUGGGAGCUCCUUUUCACCUCUUCGUCGCCACGCAAGAGUGAGACGGAAAAGGGCGAGACUCGCGUCGCAGAUGGUCGGGCGAAAUCGGCGCUCGUCCAGCGGAUUGUCAUCGAUGCCUGUGACCUGACUCUUCCUGGCUCGUUUAUCGGUUGGGUUCCGGUGACGGGGCUGCAGAUUGGGAUCGCGAUGGUUGUUAGUACGUUGCUUGCGGGGCAUGGGGUUUGGGUUGCGCAGCAGCGAUGA